AAAAUAAAUAAUAAUAAAAAAAAGAAAUGAUAUUUCGUUUAACCUCCUCCAACCUCCCGGGCCUCCGUUCCCCACCGACCUCUUCCAACGAAACCACUCCCGAGCCUCACUCCGAAGCGCAGGCCCGGAAGCUGAAGAGUAGAAGUAGUCCUCAGCUGAACCGCUGGUCGAUAGCUCGCACCUUACGCUCCGGCCGCAAAUUAGACCGACCGGGCCACCGCUCCACCCAGCCGGUUGUUGAAGGGAAUUCCCCUGUUCAGCUUCGAUUCAAUGAAAGCGCUUCUUUAGAACCUGAAAAAAUAAGUAACGACCACGAUGUUGUGGCGGAGACGGCGAAGUCCAUUUACAUGGUUUCUGACGGUACCGGAUGGACGGCGGAACACUCUGUUAACGCUGCUUUGGGCCAAUUCGAGUUUUGCUUGGUUGAUCGGGGAUGCUCAGUAAAUACACAUCUCUUCUCAGGGAUUGAGGAUCUAGAGCAGUUAAUGGAGAUACUAAAGCAAGCAGCUAAGGAAGGGGCAAUCCUUGUUUACACCUUAGCUGAUCCUUCCAUGGCAGAGUCCACAAAGAAGGCCUGUGAUCUUUGGGGAAUACCGUCCACUGACAUAUUGGGUCCAAUUACAGAAGCAAUUGCAUCCCAUCUAGGUGUUUCACCAUCUGGCCUUCCACGUGGAGCUGCUGGCCGAAACCAUCCUCUCAGUGAGGAUUACUUUCGACGGAUUGAAGCAAUUGAGUUUACCAUUAAGCAUGAUGAUGGUGCAUUGCCUCAAAACUUGAAGAAUGCUGACAUUGUUCUAGUGGGUGUUUCUCGUACUGGUAAAACUCCACUAUCCAUUUAUUUGGCACAAAAAGGAUACAAAGUGGCAAAUGUACCAAUUGUAAUGGGUGUAGACUUACCAAAGAGUCUUUUAGAGGUUGAUCCAGAGAAAAUUUUUGGUUUGACUAUAAAUCCAUUGGUUUUGCAAACAAUUAGAAAAGAAAGAGCCAGGAGUCUGGGGUUUAGUGAAGCAACGAGGAGUAAUUAUUCUGAGAUGGAUUAUGUUAGAGAGGAAUUGGAAUGUGCUGGGGGCAUCUUUGCACAGAAUCCUGUUUGGCCUGUUAUUGAAGUGACAGGCAAAGCAAUUGAAGAAACUGCAGCAGUUAUACUGAGGCUCUAUCAUGACCCGAAAAACAGGUGUUCAAUGUCACGAAUCUCAAAACACUACUAGAGAUAGUAAAAUUGAUGUUCUUAAAAAUGCUUAAUUGUGGAUGCCAAUAUUAGUGAGUAUGUAUCAGAUUGUAUAAUAAAUUCUAAAUUCAAUAGAAAUAUAGUUGAACGUA